ACGGCCACCGCGUCGUCGGGCGCGGAGCUGGGCCGGCCCCGGCAGCUGUCGCCCGCUUCGUAGCCAGAACCGCCGGUCCGCGCCGUGCCCUUCGUCCUUCGCCCUUCGCCCUUCGCCCCUCGCCUCGUCCGGCCCUCCGCGGCCCGGCGCCGGCGCGUUAUGCUGCCGUUGGCGCGCCCUGCGCGGCCCCGCUGAGCCUCGGAGCGGCGGCGAUCGCGGCUGGGGGUCACCAUGCCUACCCGAGUGUGUUGCUGCUGCUCCGCGUUGCGUCCUCGCUACAAGCGCCUGGUGGACAACAUAUUCCCCGAAGACCCAAAAGAUGGCCUUGUUAAGGCCGACAUGGAGAAACUGACGUUCUAUGCCGUGUCUGCCCCGGAGAAACUGGAUCGGAUCGGCUCUUACCUGGCGGAGAGGUUGAGCCGGGACGUCGUCAGGCACCGCUCUGGGUACGUUUUAAUUGCCAUGGAGGCUUUGGACCAGCUUCUGAUGGCUUGCCACUCCCAAAGCAUCAAGCCAUUUGUGGAAAGCUUUCUCCAUAUGGUGGCAAAGCUUCUGGAAUCAGGGGAGCCCAAGCUUCAAGUCCUUGGAACAAAUUCUUUUGUCAAAUUUGCAAAUAUCGAAGAGGACACGCCAUCCUAUCACAGACGUUACGACUUCUUUGUGUCCCGCUUCAGUGCCAUGUGCCACUCCUGCCACAGCGAUCCCGAAACACGGACAGAAAUUCGAAUUGCUGGGAUCAGGGGUAUUCAAGGCGUGGUUCGCAAAACAGUUAAUGAUGAACUUCGGGCUACAAUUUGGGAACCCCAGCAUAUGGAUAAAAUUGUGCCGUCUCUGCUGUUCAACAUGCAGAAGAUAGAGGAGGUCGACAGCCGCAUAGGCCCUCCCGCCUCCCCCUCCGCGGCGGACAAGGAGGAGAACCCCGCUGUGCUGGCCGAGAACUGCUUCCGCGAGCUGCUGGGCCGCGCGACCUUCGGGAAUAUGAACAACGCCGUCAGACCCGUGUUUGCGCAUUUAGAUCAUCACAAACUAUGGGAUCCUAAUGAAUUUGCAGUUCACUGCUUUAAAAUUAUAAUGUAUUCCAUUCAGGCUCAGUAUUCUCACCACGUGAUCCAGGAGAUUCUGGGCCACCUUGAUGCUCGCAAGAAAGACCCGCCCCGGGUUCGCGCCGGGAUUAUUCAGGUUCUGUUGGAGGCUGUCGCCAUCGCUGCUAAAGGCUCCAUCGGGCCCACGGUGCUGGAGGUGUUCAACACGCUGCUGAAGCACCUGCGCCUCAGCGUGGAGCUGGAAGCCAGUGACCUGCAGGAGGGGUCGGUGGGCAGUGCCGGCCCGAACUCGGGCUCCAGAGACAACGAGGAGAAGAUUGUGCAGAAUGCCAUCAUCCAGACCAUCGGGUUUUUUGGCAGCAACCUGCCGGACUACCAGCGCUCGGAAAUCAUGAUGUUCGUCAUGGGGAAAGUGCCGGUGUUCGGGGCGUCCACCCACACGCUGGACGUCGGGCAGCUCGGGGAUCUGGGGACCAGGCGGAUUCAGAUCAUGCUGCUGAGGUCUCUGCUUAUGGUCACCUCUGGCUACAAAGCCAAGACGAUUGUCACCGCGCUGCCUGGGUCCUUUCUGGACCCUCUGUUAUCAGCAUCCCUCAUGGAAGACUACGAGCUGAGACAGUUGGUCUUGGAAGUGAUGCACAAUCUCAUGGAUCGCCAUGACAACAGGGCGAAGCUUCGAGGGAUCAGAAUAAUACCUGAUGUAGCUGACCUGAAGAUCAAAAGAGAAAAAAUUUGUAGGCAAGACACAAGUUUCAUGAAAAAGAACGGGCAGCAGCUGUACCGGCACAUAUAUCUGGGCUGUAAAGAGGAAGACAAUGUUCAGAAAAACUAUGAGUUACUUUAUACUUCUCUCGCCCUUAUAACUAUCGAACUGGCCAAUGAAGAAGUGGUUAUUGAUCUCAUUCGCUUAGCCAUUGCUCUGCAGGACAGCGCGCUGGUCAACGAGGACGGCCUGCCCGUGUUCCACCGCUGCGGCAUCAUGGCACUGGUCGCCGCCUACCUCAACUUCGUGAGCCAGAUGAUCGCCGUGCCCGCCUUCUGCCAGCACGUGUCCAAGGUUAUUGAAAUUCGAACUAUGGAAGCCCCUUACUUUCUGCCAGAGCACAUUUUCAGAGAUAAGUGCAUGCUCCCCAAAUCGCUGGAGAAGCACGACAAGAGUCUGUACUUCCUCACCAACAAGAUCGCGGAGUCCCUCGGGGGCAGCGGCUACAGCGUGGAGAGGCUGUCGGUGCCCUACGUGCCGCAGGUCACAGCUCUCUCUUCUUCAGGCAAAAAGCCUCGUAAGCCCAGGCACAAGUGCAAAGAUGAAGAUCGGCUGUCUAGGAGGAAAAGCAUCGUGGACACAGUAUCCAUCCAAGUGGACAUUUUACCCAGCAGCGCCCCGUCGGACGAUGCGGUUAGUAACACUGAAGAAAUCACCUUUGAAACAUUAAAGAAAGCAAUUGAUACCAAUGGAAUGGAAGAACAGGAGAAGGAAAAGAGGCGUCUCGUCAUUGAGAAAUUCCAGAAAGCGCCUUUUGAAGAAAUAGCAGCGCAGUGCGAAUCCAAAGCAAAUCUACUUCAUGACAGACUCACUCAGAUACUGGAGCUCACCAUACGUCCUCCCCCGAGCCCGUCGGGAACACUGACCAUCACGUCUGGGCAUGCCCAGUACCAGUCCGUCCCAGUCUACGAGAUGAAAUUCCCGGAUCUGUGUGUGUACUGAGUGGCUCAGGAGGACCUCAGCAGAGGAGUUGAAAGCCUAAAAUUGAAGGCCAGGCGGUCUGUUUCCAAGGGUUACUGAGUGCGUAUUAGCAUGCUUCUUGAAAAGAGCGAUGGAACCUACCUUUGACCAAAUGCUUGGCACGACACCACGUUAGAGAGUUAGCAGCUGUGUGUGACUUAGAGUACUUCUGGGGGUAGGUUUAUGCCACGUUCAUUUCUUUUGAAGUUCCCGUUGUCUGUUAAAGUUGAACAUGUAUCGGUCUCAAAGUUAUUUCAUUGUAAAACAGUGUAUUUUAAACUUUUCAAAAACAUGUAAUUUUUUAAAGUAAGCCUUCAGAGGGUUGAAAGCCGUACGAAGUGUCUACUGUGCUCCUUACACGUCUGCAUAACUGCUUGGAGUAGCGCUGCUCUGGGUCCCGGCCAGCUGCGAAAGCAGACACACCCAAGGACGCCCCGGGCGCAGAACGGCUCGGGGCUCCUCGCCCACGUGCCGUGCGCCGUGGCGGGCGGGCGUCCCUGCAGUCGUUCGCCGUGGCGGUGCGUGGGGGGCGCCCCUCAGCCUGUGCGUGGUAGUGAGUUGUGUUGGAGAUACUCACAGGGCCUGACCCUGAAGCCACCGUGCUUUGAAGUGUCGCGCUCCUGUCAUACUGUGUCUCCUGCCCAAGCCUGCGCAUCGACCCUGAGAGACAGCGGGCCAGCUCCCGGGGCAGCGGACUGUGCUCCCGGGGCGGCGGACCGCGCGAUUCUGUUUACGCCCCCAUGUGCCGGUUUACAGACUGCACUUUGAGACUGGAGUCCUGUUCCGCUUCCGCUCCGUUCGCUAAAUGAGCUCUCUAUUUACAGUGGCUCCUAGUUCACCUGUGAAGAGUGUACAUUUUGAUUUUUAUUAAGAGCUCAUUAAUUUACACUUUUAUAUAUUGUGCAUUGUCUUAAAUCCUCAUCAUAGUCAGAAAACUACCAAAACGGACUCUGAGUUUGUUGGAUCUGAACUGUAGCCUGUAUGCAUCUCCGUUGGGGGUUUGCUGCAUGACCCUGGGGCGGGCGCCCAGGGCUUUCUCAGUCGGGCGCGCUGAGGACUGGCCGUGGGAGGAAGCCCCUGUCGACGGGAGCUGCCGGGCGCACCUGUGCUGACACCCAUCGCGUGCAGACGGACCCACGGUGUUUCUUAAAACGAUUCACGCUUCGGUGAGCCCCUCACACGGCAGAAUGAACAGCUUUCUCUGUGAGUCUUACCGCAUUCUCUUCGAGCAUUUUUAUAAAAUAACCUGUUUAUAGUUCUUCCUUUUCAGAUUUUAUUUCUUCAUAAUUAAAGAAUAUACCUAUCAGAAAUUGCAGCUCAGAAAAAAAAAUUCUGUUUUUGGCUUUUGUUUUUGUUUGGGAAAUUGUAGUGAUGAAUGGCAUGGUGCACCUUUAGGUUGGGUUAUUUGGGCACCCGUAGUGGAAACAGAAAAAAGUAACGAAGCAUACUCAAAAAUUUUUGAGUAUUUAAACCGAAGGGCAGCAUCUUGAGAUGAGUUGCAGGAGACUCCAGUCCCGUACGCCUGUCAAGGACACUCAGACGUGCGGGCGCUCCAGUCAAGGGCGGGGAGGGGGCCUCGUCCUCCCAGUGACAGGGCCGUCCCCGCCGGGCUGCGGGGCCCGCUGCCGCCGUCACUGCAUUUGCCUCUCAGUCGGCUGAAGUGUUUCACCAUUUGGUAGGCCAAAUGUUACGGGCUUUUCUUUUUUAACUCCUCUUUUUUUUCUGUAUUUUUAAAGAAGGACAUUCAUUUUUGACACUGCAUUUAAAAAAUCAAAGCAGGGGGACGUGCAAAAACAGUCAUCCACUUGGAUGUCAUUUUAUAGAUGAACACUGUGUGCUUUUGUAUGAACAAACUUGUAAUCUAGUAGUGGGAGAGAAGAAGAUCUAUAUUUGUUUGCACUCAUGCGGAACAGACGUGGCCACUCAGAGGCUCACGUUUCUCUGACGUGUCAGUGCGUGCGCUGCACGGGAAGGACCGUCAUUUCAGCUGCCGCCUCUGCCCCCACCCCCGCCCCGGGUUGGUGUGUGAGCUGUUGGCCGGCGUCCUGUGGGGCAGCGCUGUGUCUGACCCACCGCAGACUGUGUGCGCGCUGGGCUGUGGGCCUGGUCUCGCCAACAGUGACUCCCCAGCGUGGGUCUUGCUCUCGGCUUGCCCCUUCCCGGAGACCCUGCAGGGAGCGGCGUGCACACUGGAUCAUAUCUGGUUUUGAGACUGAAAGCGUAGGGUUUGUUGAAGUGCACUGUAUUGCUAUAUUUUUGUAGAUAUGUAAAAUUCUUAAUAAACUGUUAAAUCACUUUCUUUUUGUGGUAUGCAGAUGCUUACGUCAUUCUGUUUUUUUUUUUCUGGACGUUGAACAGUUAACAUUUAAGCGUUCCUCCUACACUUGUGUUGUCUCGGCUCGUAGGGUUUCAUUGUCAGCGGAGUCAGCUUGAAAACACACACACACACACACACACACUUCCUUAGCACUUCCGAACUCGCGAUCUUCCAGAGUGAUGGAACACUUUACCAGCAGUUAACUUCCGUCCCUCAAAGUGUCUCUCAUCUUUUUGUCUGAAACCAAUUCAUGGCAAUAUAUGUAAUAAGUGUAAUGAAGUGAGCUUUUGGAAAUGUGAAAAAAUUCACUGUGCAAUUCAUAUAUAAGCAAUAAAAAAAUCAAAAUACUUGUGCA